AUGACGCAGCAGCAAUCCACGAACGACGAGGAGAACUGGAAGGCCUCCCUCAAGCGGCCGGAGAAGGACACGCGCGUGCAGACCGAAGACGUGACCAACGUCAAAGGCAACGAGUUCGAGGACUAUUUCCUCAAGCGCGAGCUGCUCAUGGGCAUCUUCGAAAAGGGCUUCGAGCGCCCGUCCCCCAUCCAGGAAGAGGCCGUCCCCAUUAUCCUCGCGGGUCGCAACGUCAUGGCCCGAGCCAAGAACGGCACGGGCAAGACCGCCGCCUUCAUCAUUCCGUGUCUGGAGAAGACAGACACUAGCAAGAAGCACAUCCAGGUGCUCAUUCUCGUCCCCACACGCGAAUUGGCGCUGCAAACGUCGGCCAUUGUCAAGGAGAUCGGCAAACACAUGGGCGUCGAGUGCAUGGUGUCCACGGGCGGCACGAGUCUCAAGGACGACAUCAUGCGUCUGUACCAGACGGUGCAUAUUCUAGUGGGCACCCCAGGGCGCGUCAUGGACUUGGCCAAUAAGGGCGUGGCCGACCUCAGUCAGUGCUCUACGGUCAUCAUGGACGAAGCCGACAAGUUGCUGUCGCCGGAAUUCCAGCCUCUAUUGGAGCAGCUACUGAACCACACGGCCAAGCAGCGUCAGAUCUGCCUCUUCUCGGCCACAUUCCCCGUCACGGUCAAGGCGUUCAAAGACCGCUUCGUGGAGAACCCGUACGAGAUCAACCUCAUGGACGAGCUCACAUUGAAAGGUGUAUCGCAGUUCUACGCCUUCGUGGAGGAGCGACAGAAGGUGCACUGCCUCAACACGCUCUUCUCCAAGCUGGAUAUCAACCAGUCCAUCAUUUUCUGCAACUCGGUGAACCGUGUCGAGUUGCUGGCCAAGAAGGUUACGGAGCUGGGUUACUCGUGCUUCUACAUCCACGCCAAGAUGAACCAGGCGCACCGUAACCGCGUGUUCCACGAGUUCCGUAACGGAGCUACUCGACACUUGGUGUGCUCGGAUCUGUUCACACGCGGUAUCGACAUCCAGACGGUGAACGUCGUGAUAAACUUCGACUUCCCCAAGAACUCGGAGACGUAUCUGCACCGUAUCGGUCGCUCUGGGCGGUACGGCCACCUCGGUCUGGCCAUCAAUAUGAUCACGUACGAUGACCGAUUCAACCUGUACAGGAUCGAGCAGGAGCUUGGCACAGAGAUCCGACCGAUUCCGCCGGUUAUUGACCGCAACUUGUACUGCAAGUAA